AUGACCGAGUUACAGAAUAGUACCUCUACAACGGGCAAAAAUAAAUUAGUAGUUGAUCGUGAGAAUACGGUCCCGUUUUUACUACGAAUGUUUUGGCAGCAAGGCGCUCAUCAUAGGCCUGAAGAUUACACGCCUGACCAUCUCCCUACUGAAAAUGAAUUACAACUAUACACGUGGAAAGAUGCUACAUUGAAAGAAAUUGCUAAUCUACUUAAAGAAGUGAACUUUGAAUCUACUCGUUCAAAUGCUCGAAUAUCAUUCAAAUUAGUUUAUAUUGAUAAUUUACGUGGAAAAUAUGCAUUUAAAGAUUUGGGUACAGUUUAUAAUAUGACAUCGACUUCUGAUGAUGAUAUAAAUCUUGAUGAUGCAAGGUUUGUUAUCGGAGACUUUUUGGAUGUAGGAGUUUUUCAUGGUGCACCUCCACGAGCUCCUGAAAGGCGGG